CCAAGUUAUCAGUCGUUCAAUCGUGACAGUUGUUCUGAAAAUGAUCAAAUUAAUUUGUUUAAUACUUUUACCCGUGGUUCUCGGGUCAUUCCUGCGCCCGCCCCCGGUACCGGUCCCGAUACCGACCCCGGCACCGACCCCGGCACCGAAGCCGGUACCGACCCCCUCACCGGUCCCGGUACCGACCCCCGCACCGAAGCCGGUACCGACCCCGGCACCGAAGCCGGUACCAACCCCGGCACCGAAGCCGGUACCAACCCCGGCACCAACCCCAAUAAAACCUAUUCCAAAUAAAGAACCACAAAAGAACGAGGUAAUAUUUACAUUCCAUACCAAUGCUGCAACCUUCGAGGAUGCUAAGAAGAUUUGCAAACAAGAAGGUGGAAGAAUUGCUGUCGUUACCUCCAAGGCAGUAGAGGAUAAAAUGCUGCAGCUAUUCCGGAGUGCAGGACCUAUCAAAAACGCGUACAUGGGAUGGGAUCAACAAGCUUUCAUUGGGAUGCAUUACUCAAAUGGGAAGUGGCUGACUUUGGAUGGGAAGCCUGCUCCAUACAUUAAUUGGAGUACCACUUGGUAUGGAGGCCAACCAAGUAACCCUGUUUGGCAAAGCUGUGGUAGUUUGUUAAAACAAGGAGCAAUGGAUGAUGUGCAAUGUAAUGUCAAGCUUGCUUUCUUCUGUGAGAAAACGCUACCUUGUGAUUGCGAUGUUUAAUUUUUUGUGUCUAUUGUUUUUCAAAUUCUUAACUUUUUAUAAAUUUUUUUUACAAUUCAUUAUUGUUAAGAUCGUGUGAGUUUAUUAUAUUAUUUUUGAGUACUUUGUGACCUCUAUUUAAAUGCUUGUUGGUGUAGUUCGGAUCAUUUAGCAACACCCGUUAGUUGAGCUGAUUGCAAAUUGACUCAUGCCUGCUGGCUGUCAGAGUAGAACUUCUUGAACUUGUGUGGUCCUUCUUAAACAGACCACUACAGAAUGAACUUUCACGGUCUUUUCAUUAUAGUUUACUUUGUUUCAAUUUCAAUAGAAUCUUACCUCUAAAAUGGUAUUGAUGUUUCUUGUCAGUGUAGCCAGAUAAGAGGUGGCCAUCAUCAUUUAGACUAUUUACAGUAGAUAAAUAUAAUUUCAUAUCAUACAUUUUAAUAUAAAUCCUUCAAUAAUGUAUCUCAUUUACUUAAACUGAACAUGUACCAAAUUAUUAAAUAAAGUGAUUUUGAAAGUU